AUGUUCUCCCGCCUCUUCAGCACCGCCCGGGCUCUCCCUCGUACCACACCGCGUGCACGCACCCUCUAUAGCUCAUCAUCCUCACUCGCCCCUCGCUCCUUCACCCGUCCAGGCCCUCCUCCCUUGCCCGCCGCCGACCAAGCCGAAUUCGAGGCUCUCCUGAAAGCCAACCAAACCGUCGGUACCAUCCCCAAAGUCAACCAAGUCGACGCCGAGGAGGAGCUGCAUAAAGACGUGAGAAAGGGGCCAAAGCCUGAAUUUGAGGGCGAAGUAAACCCGAGAACAGGGGAGAGGGGUGGACCAAAGCAGGAUCCGUUCGUGGCUGGAGACUCGGACUGGCAGUUUGGCGGAAGGGUUACAGACUUCUGA